UGCUAAUUUAAUUUCGAAAAUUGUUUGUGAAAUCAAAAAGAGAACGUAUUACUUUUGAGGUUAACCUCGUGUUCGUUUUAUUGACAUAUUCACCUCGCGGAGAACCAGAGAACUUUGAAGACAAAUUUUUUAAAAGUUUAUAAAUAAAAAAACAAAUUGUUUUUAAUUACUAUCAAUAAUAAUGGAUGAGGAACAAUUAAAAUCUCUUGAGGAAAUAUCAGAAUUUCUUAAUCCGGAAACCAGAACCGAUAUAAAAGAUGCAACAAUUCAACAUGUGCUUGGCGUCACAGGAUCUGCAGAAGGAAGAGAAUUGCUUUUAAAAUUACCUGAAAUUUUGAAAAAACUAAUUAUACUUUUGCAAGAUAAAUCGAUUAUAAUUGCAAAAGCAGUAACACUGUCAUUGAUAAACAUUAGUGCUGAUGAAAAUGGAGCAAGUGCUCUUUUAUUAAUUUCAGAAUCUUCGAAACCAGAUGAUAAAUUAAAUUCAAAUUUACUACAAAUUUGUCUAAAAUACAUCGUGGAGAGAAAUAUUAAUUUGGCAGAUCCUUGUUGUAUGAUUUUGUCAAAUAUGACAAGACCAUCAACAUUUGUUGAGAGAAUUGUAAAUCUUAUUGAUAAAAGUGGAUACACGUGGGAGUCAAUUGUUUCCGUAUUUUGUAAACAGGGAGAUAAAAAUUGUGCUGUCUUAAAUUAUUUGGGUCCAGUUUUUAGUAAUUUAAGUCAUUCUCCAGUGGUGCGAAGAUAUUUAACGGACAGAAAUGAAUGUUUGAUUCAAAAGCUACUUCCAUUCACAGAAUAUGCAGAUAGUGAAUUAAGAAGAGGUGGUAUUGUUGGAACAUUGAGAAAUUGUUGUUUUGAUUUGGAAAAUCACGAUUGGUUUGUGAGUUCAGAUAUCGAUAUUUUGCCAAAUCUACUUUUACCACUUGCUGGACCUGAGGAAUUUGACGAUGAGGAUAAUAAUAAAUUGCCAAUUGAUUUGCAAUAUUUACCAGAAACCAAACAACGUGAAUCUGAUCCUGAUAUUCGCUUAAUGUUGCUCGAAACUUUGACACAAUUGUGUGCAACAAAAAAAGUACGCGAGCAUUUUAGAGACAAGAAUGUUUAUGUAAUUCUUCGGGAAUAUCACAAAUGGGAACAGGAAAAAACAAUUUUACUUGCUUGUGAAAAUCUCGUAGAUAUUUUAAUCAGGACGGAGGAAGAAAUAGGAGUAGACAAUUUAAAAGACGUUGAGGUACCAGAAGAAUAUAAAGAAAAAUUCCAUAAAAUGGAUCAAGAUUUUAUAAAUAGUUGAAUAUAAAAGAAUGUGUACCUACAAUUUAAUAAUCUAAUGUAAAUAUCAAUUUUUUAAUAAUCAUUCAAAUUUUUUCAAUUCUUAUGAAAAAUA